CUGAAUUGUGGGGAUACAGAGGCCUCUUCCAGCGCUUCACAACGCAGGAAGUAGAAUGGAUUUGGUGGAUGUAGUGGAAGUGCCAAUAAAAGUCACAGAGUGGCAGAAAACCUACACUUACGACUCGGGCAUCAAUUCUGGAAUAAACACAGCGUCUCCAUCGUUAAACGGGAAAAUGGUCAUCGAGGACGACAGCCACGCCUACCCCGGCAGUUACACUGUUAAAACCACGACGUACACACAGCAGCAGACCCCAGACAUGGACGCCCAGAUAAACAUGACUCGAGCCCAGCGCGUCCGAGCAGCAAUGUACCCAGAGACGGUGGAAGAUCACUCGUACCUUCUGACUACCCAGAUAGAAGGGCAGCAAACCAACGUGCAGAAACUGGCGGAACCCUCCCAAAUGUUGAAAUCUGCCAUCAUCCACCUUAUCAACUACCAGGAUGAUGCUGAGCUGGCCACCCGCGCCAUUCCGGAACUGACAAAGCUACUUAAUGAUGAGGAUCCGAUGGUGGUGAACAAGGCUUCCAUGAUUGUAAACCAGCUGUCCAAGAAAGAGGCAUCCCGCAAAGCCCUGAUGCAGUCCCCGCAGAUUGUUGCCGCUGUAGUUCGCACCAUGCAGCACACAAGUGACAUGGACACCGCUCGCUGUACCACCAGCAUCCUGCACAAUCUGUCCCACCACCGCGAGGGGCUUCUCUCUAUCUUCAAAUCCGGCGGCAUCCCUGCACUUGUGCGCAUGCUCAGUUCUCCAGUAGAAUCCGUGUUAUUCUAUGCCAUCACCACCUUGCACAACCUGCUGCUCUACCAGGAAGGGGCAAAGAUGGCAGUGCGUCUGGCAGAUGGUCUCCAGAAGAUGGUGCCUUUGCUUAAUAAGAAUAACCCCAAAUUCUUGGCCAUCACUACAGACUGCCUUCAGCUCUUGGCCUAUGGAAAUCAGGAGAGCAAGCUAAUUAUAUUGGCCAAUGGAGGACCUCAAGGGUUGGUUCAGAUCAUGAGGAACUACAAUUACGAGAAGCUUCUGUGGACCACAAGCCGGGUGCUAAAAGUAUUGUCUGUGUGUCCCAGCAAUAAACCAGCCAUUGUGGAAGCCGGUGGAAUGCAAGCACUGGGGAAACAUCUGACCAGCAACAGCCCAAGACUUGUACAGAACUGCCUGUGGACAUUAAGGAAUCUCUCUGAUGUGGCCACUAAACAGGAGGGCCUGGAUAACGUUCUAAAGAUCCUGGUGAACCAGCUGAGUUCUGAUGAUGUAAACGUCCUCACCUGUGCCACUGGCACAUUGUCCAACCUCACCUGCAACAACGGUCGCAACAAGACUCUCGUGACGCAGAGCAACGGGGUUGAGUCUCUGAUUCACACCAUCCUUCGUGCGAGUGACAAGGAUGACAUUGCAGAGCCUGCUGUCUGUGCCCUGCGUCACCUGACCAGUCGCCACCAAGACGCAGAGGUGGCUCAGAAUUCAGUGCGACUGCACUACGGCAUCCCUGCCAUUGUGAAACUUCUCAACCCACCAUACCAGUGGCCACUGGUCAAGGCAACCAUCGGCUUGAUCCGGAACUUGGCCCUUUGUCCAGCCAAUCAUGCUCCCUUAUACGAUGCAGGUGUCAUUCCCAGGCUAGUCCAGCUGCUGGUUAAAGCUCACCAAGAUGCACAGAGGCAUGCAGCUUCCGGGGCACAGCAACCCUACACGGAUGGAGUGAAGAUGGAAGAGAUUGUGGAAGGUUGCACUGGGGCUCUGCAUAUUCUUGCCAGGGAUCCUGUGAACCGUAUGGACAUCUACAAGCUAAACACCAUCCCGCUGUUUGUACAGCUCCUGUAUUCCCCUGUGGAGAAUAUUCAGAGAGUGGCCGCGGGCGUGCUGUGUGAGUUGGCUCAGGAUAAAGAAGCGGCAGACACCAUUGAUGCAGAGGGAGCCUCAGCCCCACUCAUGGAAUUGCUGCACUCCCGCAAUGAAGGCAUAGCCACAUAUGCUGCUGCUGUUCUAUUCCGCAUAUCCGAGGACAAAAACGCAGAUUAUAGGAAGCGCGUGUCCGUGGAGCUCACUAAUGCCAUCUUCCGACAGGAUCCUGCCGCCUGGGAAGCAGCGCAGAGCAUGAUUCCUCUUAAUGAUCCUUAUCCAGAUGAAAUGGAAAAUUAUCGAGCUAUGUACCCUGAAGAUAUUCCAUUAGAACCAAUGGGAGGAGAUAUGGAUGUGGAGUAUGCAAUGGAUGGCUACAGUGACCACCCAGUCAGGGGGGGCUACUCUGAUAACCACAUGAUGGCAUAAAUCCUCUUGCACAAGACAUCUACUACAGAAGAAUCUUUUCAAGACAAAAAGUGCCUACAGUGGAUCUGCUCCUUCUUCCCCUUUACAGGCCCCUAUAUUCCCUUUUUAAAGAGCUUUUAUUUGAUAGAAUUUGCUUGGGGUGGGAUUUUGUAAAUGCCCCUCAGCACCAGGGGUCUGGCUUUUAGUUUGCUAAAUAUUAACCUCCCCAACUCAGCACCUUUUUGAGGUUAAUAGAUUUUUUUUUUUUUAUGUAGAUCGCCGCAUCCAAAAGCUUGUGUUGCUCUACUGCCUUCUUUUUCUAUAGAUUAUAAAUAUAUAUUUUUCUUUUUUUUUUUUUUUUUAAAUAUGGUGCAAAGAGUGCUUGUCCUUUUUACAUGCCACAGUUUUAUUUUGUAAUUUGUUUUAUCUCCCAACCUCUGCAAUUCUGUAGCCGUCAAUACUAAAAGAAGCCAUUGCAUACAGACACACACGUUUACUGUUGGCCUUUCAGUGGUUGGGCGUUCUUUACUGGCUGGUGACCGGCAGACUGAUUUCUAUUGGAUUGUAAUCAUUUUGUGACAAAAAAAAAAGAAAAUAAAAAUCUGUAUAUUCUG